AUGAACCUUCGUCAAGGUGGGAUGAGUGUGAAAGAGUACUCACUCAAGUUCACCCAACUAUCCAAGCAUGCUCUAACAUUGGUGGCCAAUCCAAGGGCUAGGAUGAAUAAGUUUGUAAUGGUGGUUUCCAGGUUAGUUGAAGAAGAAUGCCGAAAGGCAAUCCUUAUUCAUGACAUGACUAUCUCAAGGUUCUUGGUAUAUGCUCAACAAAUUGAGGAGACCAAACUCAAGAAAAUGAAUAGGGAUGUAAAGAGUCUUAGGACCCAGGAUGGAAAUUUGUCUAAGGGUAGAUUUGAAGCUCAAGGCACACCAAGGUUUAAGAAUAGGUUUUCUAAUCAAGGCACUUCUAGCACUCCUAAGGUCAACAAAGAUAUGGUGCCUACACCAAAGCCACAAGGUGGUAGUGGAGGUGGUUCUUAUGUUGAGAGACUAACUUGUGCAAAGUUUGGCAAGAAGCAUGGGGGCAAGUGUCUUGUGGGCACGAAUGAGUGUUUUAGUUGUUGUAAGAGUGGCCACAUGAAGAGGGGUUUCCUUCUGAUAAGGGCUCAAGGGAGAGAGGGCAAGCAAGUCCCUCCGAGUGGCUCCAACUCCGAUGCUCCCAAGAAGAAUCACUUUUAUGCUCUCCAAUCUAGGAGUGAUCAAGAGGGGUCUCCGAACGCUGUUACCGGUGUGUUGCAAGUAUUUACAAUUAAUGUUUAUGCAUUGUUAGACCCCGGUGCCACUUUAUCUUUUGUCACUCCUUCAGUGGCUAUGAAAUUUGAUGUACUCCCUGUAAAGAACGCAAAUGCAGCUCCUCCGGUCCCUGAUCAAGAAGUGUCGAGUGCAGAGUUCAGAAAUGCCUUUCAGAUGUUGGCUCAAAGUGUGGUGAACCAGAACAAUCAGCGGGCUCCAGUUCCGGUAAAUGCCAAUGUUGGGUUUUUCCCCAUAGAGUUGAGCGAAGCAAGGGCCUAG